AUGAACUUGCACGGGAGGGGCCAGAGCUCGGGCCGCUGCGCGCUGAGUCAGCCGAGAUGCGCAAGGACUCCAUCCUCACUGGCCUCCGCCUCUGGGUUUCCUCUGCCUCACCAACUUCCUUGCAGGUGCCGCCUCCCACAGCCCCUACUCUUCGCCUCCCGAUGGGUCCAGCCUGACGACUCCCGGAUUCGUUGUGGGCCCCGCCUAAGUGCUCUCGAAGACCAAAUUUCGUUGUGGCUUUCUGGCUGCGAUGGGAAGCGGCUGGGGAACGGCGCCGGCGAGUUGGAGGCUGGGGAAGAGGACAGUUGGAGGGAACCAGCAACGCGGACUCUGCGCCCCGACUCUUCGCCCAGGAAGUCUGUUCUCACACACUCCCGCCCAGCCUCCAAAGGCAGGAGGACGAAAUCACCACAGGCGACACUUGGAACCUCACUGACGUCCUCGGAGGAUCCUAACCGCCACAUUUCGCAUAGCUGCUUCACCCCACCCAAGCCCAGGAAACUGUGCCUGGAGCGUGUCAGAGAAGGGAGGUGGGGAAAGACCGAAGCCGCUCAGCGACCUUGUGACCUCUGGCCGCGGACCCAGGAGCUGGGAGCGUGUGAACUCUGCAUCCUUCCCCGGGAUGGGACCCCGGGCCUGCGGGCCCCUGAGCCUUAGACCCGCCCCUGCCGCCACCCGGCCCGGUGCAGGCCGCCAUAAUCGGGUUAGCUGGGUCGGAAUUACAUUACCUUCCCCGGCCCGCCCCGGCUCCGGGGGUUGGGGGGGGAAUCCUGGCGCCUCUGAGCCGGUGAGACUGGGCGCCUGGAGGCGGAUGUUCUUACCAUCCCUCGGAGGGUGGACACCCGAUGAGCAGCUUGGCCUGUCUCAGAUACAUGGUGGCCAGAGGACCCUGCCCCGCUGUGGCAGUCCUCAGCCCUUCCACCGCAGCCCACUCAGGUGCUCUGCUCCUGACCGCCUGACCCUUGGGAGCUGAAGUGCCUUCUAAGUCUAAUAGCCCGUCUCCCUGGGAGGACGGAUCUUCCAGUUGAUUGUCCAGGAUCUCCUGGGGAAAACUCUGCCCCUCCUUUCUCCCUAGCAGAUGGGCUGGCAGCCUGGCGCCUAGGGCAGGGUAAGAGGUCUUUUCUCUCGAGGGAACCAGGAGUGAUAUUUGGGCAUCUGGGCAGGAAGAUGAGGAAGAGGAAGAAGGGAGUAGGCUUUCUCCCCAUACAAAACCUCAGUGUUCUCAGAAGCCCCAAGGUGAUGGCUGAGGUAGGGAACCAUGGGGCAGGGAGGCAGUGGGCAUUAAUAACAUGCGACAUCCUCACCCAGUCUUAUCCACCUUCAUCAUGCAUUUAUCCAGCUCUUCCCCCACCCUGCCAACAAUCUUCUGAAAGGGUUGGGGGUGGGGAGGUACUGCCACUUUAGUAGCUGUUUUUGUCUUGGUGAAGAAGACAGAUAAUAUCACCUUCCCUAAGCCUUCACAGAACUCCAAGCAUCUUUUAUCCACAGUUAAGGGCUUGGGCUACUAGAGGGCAUGAAGCCUCUGCUGUUCAGGCAAACCCUUCAGAGACAGCAUGGGCUGGAUUCCCCUGGAUGCGAACAAAGCGCCUAGGGAGACAGUGAACUAAACAACGGCUCUGAAGAGGACUGGCUGGCAGGUUAGGACUUUGUCAGUCCCUUUUCCCACUCCCUUGGGGGCUUCCCUGGUAGCUCAGCUGGUAAAGAGUCUGCUUGCAAUGCAGGAGAUCUCGGUUAGAUCCCUGGGUUGGAAAGAUCCCCUGGAGAAGGGAAAGGCUACCCACUCCAGUAUUCUGGCCUGGAAAAUUCCAUGCAAAGAGUUGGACACUACUGAGCGUCUUUCACUUUCAUUUUCUUUUGCCACUCCAGGGGUGGGCCUCUGAGGAGACAAUGGGCACU